AUGAUAACAUUCGUGAUAUUUGAGUUAAUAUUGCAGAGUGUUUGUGCGAUAUGUUUUGCACUUUUGGUUGAUCGGGGACUGGUGAAAUACGAAGAUCUUGUUACGAAAUAUUGGCCAGAAUUCGGGCAAAAUGGCAAGGAAACCAUCACUAUUGAUCAGCUACUUGCCCAUCAGGCAGGAUUAGCGUUCGUCGAUGGAAAAAUCGAAGAAGCCGACGUGAAGGAUUGGACGAGGAUGUCGAAAUUAUUUGAACAACAGAAACCGAAUUGGACACCCGGAGAAUGUGUUGGCUAUCAUGCGAUGACAAUCGGCUGGUUGUAUGAUCAGUUGGUGAGACGAAUUGAUCCAAAGAAGCGGUCGCUAUCGACGUUUUUCAAGGAAGAAAUCGCCAUACCAUACGGUCAAUCUCAUUGCAAAAUCGUUUUUUUUGCGCCAAAAGAAUAUAUUGAGUUAGUGAUCGGUGCCGGAGCUGAACUCGAGCAUCGCAUAGCACGAUUGUCUGCAUCCAAUAAAUUAACGGCUCUACGAGAAAUAGUACAAUAUCCAAUUAUACUGAGGAUGGUUUGGAACUUAAUCGCCGCUCAAACGUACAGCUAUAACUUAUUGAGUAAAGUUGCGCACAAUGUGGCUUGGUUGGGAAAUGUAAUUUUUUUCAAUUUCUUUCAUUAA